UAAAAUAAUUUUUAUUAAAAUAAUAUUAAAUAAGGAAAAAACUCCUAUAAUGGGCCUUUAAAAUUUUUCCUUAUAUGCACUCAAGGGCAGUCUCAUCAAACGGCGCCGUUAUAGGAAAUAAAUGCAGGCCGCGACACGUAAUCCCGAGGAGCAACUCAGAAAAUACAAACAAAUAAAGGGAAACAUUUGUAAAAUCGAAUUGCCGACGGCCCUUUUACCCAUUUACCCCCUUUUACUCACCCCAUUUCACCGACCCUCUCACGCCCUUUAGGCCGCCAUUUUUUUUUUACCCCAUCCGCCUCCAAUGGAGCUCUUCGCCGCCGACGACUUUCCCGACGAAAUCGCUCCCUUCCCUGAACCCGCCGACUUGCUCUACGAUCAUCCGCCGGUGGCAACGGUUCAUUCUUCGGAGAUCAAUCGUCGGGCGCAACUGCCGCCUCAGAAGCUCCGCCCUAUCCGGUGCAACGGCAAGGCUCCGGCGGAAUAUUCCGAAUCUCCAGUGAGUCUCUCAGGAUCCCUACUGAACUGCCAGAGCAUGGAUUUAGGGUUUCUCGCUUACGACAAGCUGUCUCCAAUCGACGGCGAGCCUUUCGAGUGCUCUGAUUCGCUGACGUCUGAGCAGCCGAACAGCGGCGGUGUCGGCGGAAACGGGUACCUGUCUGGGGAGGUUCCGGCGGUGCCUUCUCAAGUAAAGGUGGAGGUGAAUGCUGAGGAUGUUAAUCUGAACCCGGAGGAACUUUUAUUUGAGAAAGAAUCUGGCUCAUCAUCAGAUGAUGGCAGUGAUUCAUUAGAGGAUAUUACAAAACGUGUGAAUCAGAAGAGGAAAAGGAAAACAAGAAAAAAGCUUGAGCAUUUUGUGGAAAAUCUGAUGAUGAAAGUCAUAGAGAAACAAGAACUGAUGCAUAAACAAUUGAUAGAGAUGAUAGAGACAAGGGAGAGAGAGAGAAGACUUAGAGAAGAAUCAUGGAUGCAGCAGGAGAUGGAAAGGGCAAAGAGGGAUGAGGAGAUUAGAGCUCAGGAGAGAUCUCGUAGCCUAGCUCUGAUUUCCUUCAUCCAGAAAACAUUGGGCCAUGAAAUUCAAAUCCCAGAGUCAUUGGAAACUUCACAAGCAGAAGAAGUUAGUAAGGGUGAAAUUGAUAGCCAGAAGGGUUUCAAGUUUGAUCCAAGCAAUAGGAGGUGGCCUAAAUCUGAAGUACAAGCCCUCAUAACACUUAGAACUGCUUUGGAUGAGAAGUUUCGUGGUCCAGGUGCUAAAGGUCCUUUUUGGGAAGAAAUAUCUGCUGGAUUGCUUAGUAUGGGUUAUUGUCGGAGUGCAAAAAAGUGUAGGGAGAAGUGGGAGAACAUCAACAAGUACUUCAGAAGAUCAAUAACCAGUGGAAAGAAGCACAUUGAAAAUGUCAAGACUCAGCCAUACUUCAAUGAAUUGGACAUCCUGUACAAAAAUGGACUCAUCAAUUCAGAAAAUGCCUCUAAGAGUACAAACAGCGAUAGGGGAAAGGAGUAAACGGCCACAAACUUCGUAUCAGUUUUUUGCCUCAACAUCAUUGAACUAAACAAGGCUUGUGACAAAAUGAACAGAACUACCCAGCUAUAUUAUAUUGCGGGAUUUUCAAUAUUGGAGUGACGAUUAUAGUAUGCCUGAUGUUUGGUAAUUCAUUCAAAUCCUAGUUCACUUUGAGGAUGCCCAAACAAGGCAGCUUCUUUCACAACAGUAUGAAAAGAGAGUAAUCCACUUCCUAUUUGCUGUCUUUGUCUAGACCUUUACAGAAGUCAAAAGCUUGGCACCUUGUGUGUCCAAUGAUCUCUUGCUUGUGAUUAUUAUUUACAAUAAAAUCUCUUAGUAGAUUUUUAACUUGCUAGAGCAUACUUGUUCCAACAGAUACCUGAAUGUUGAAAUGCUUAAUGUUCAUUUUUUAUUACCCUGUUUUGGUCUAUGGGUUUUGUAUGCUUAGAAUUGAAAGGAACUUGAUAAAAUUAGUGAGCAAUAAAUGGGACCAUGACUCAUCCUCACCGGAGA